GGGGAGAGUGAAGGGAGAGCAAUGAGCUCAAGGUCUGUACAGUCAGUUCAAUCAAAUACUUCUACAAGGUCAAAUAAGUCAAAAUGUUCUGCCCGUGCUCCACCUGAAGAAAGCUUUGAGAGCCCUGAUGAAGGAAACGACAAAGAACAAAUUGAACAGCGAGCACCAAGCAGCAUGUCAGCCAAAUCAGUCCAGUCACAUGUUUCUGAAAUAUCUAAAAAGUCUGCAGAGAGAGCACCAAGUGCUUUGUCAGCUAAAUCAGCAAAGUCAGCAAAGUCACAUACUUCUACAAAAUCUAUCAAAUCAAAAGCUUCUGAAGUUUGUUCUGUCAAAAGUACUGGCCCUCCUGAUGAAGGAGAUGAUGAAGAGGAAACACAAGAGAGAGCACAGAGUGCAAUGUCAGCCAAAACUGCAAAGUCAACUAUUUCUGCCAAAUCUACGAAGUCAAAAGGACUCGAUGAUCCAGCUGAGGAAAAUAUAUCUGAUCAUGAAGAACAUGCAGAGAGAGCACCAAGCAAUUUGUCAGUAAGAUCAGCAAAAUCAGCAAAGUCAAAUGUUUCUGCAACAUCAAGAAGAUCGAAAGUUUCAGAACUUUGCUUGGAAGAUGCACUUGACAAUCCUGAGGAAAGAGUUGUUGAAGGGGAGAGUGAAGGGAGAGCAAUGAGCUCAAGGUCUGUACAGUCAGUUAAGUCUAAUAAAUCUGCAAGGUCAAAUAAGUCGAAAUGUUCUAUUCAUGUUCCAGCUGAAGAAGGCUUUGAGAGUGCUGAUGAAGGAAAUGUCGAAGAACAAACUGAAGAGCGAGCACCAAGCAGCAUGUCAGCCAAAUCAGUCCAUUCACAUGUUUCUGAAAUAUCUAUGAAGUCUGCAGAGAGAGCACCAAGUGCUUUGUCAGCUAUAUCAGCGAAGUCACGCACUUCUACAAAAUCUAUCAAAUCAAAAGCUUCUGAAGUUUGUUCUGUCAAAAGUACUUGCACUUGUAAUGAAGGAGAUUAUGAAGAGGAAACCCAGGAGAGAGCACAGAGUGCAAUGUCAGCCAAAACUGCAAAGUCAGCUGUUUCUGCCAAAUCUACUAAGUCAAAAGGACUUGAUGAUCCAGCUGAGGAAAAUAUAUCUGAUCAUGAGGAACAUGCAGAGAGAGCUCCAAGUAAUUUGUCAGUAAAAUCAGCAAAAUCAACAAAGUCAAAUAUUUCAGCCGUGUCCAAGAAAUCAGAAGCCUCUGGCAUUUCUACUGACCAUGUUGCUGAUUCGCCUGAAAAGGCAAAUGAAGAGGAGGUCAGUGAAACCAGACCAGCAAGUUCAGUGUCAGUCCAUUCAGUCAAGUCAAAGGUUUCUGAAAGAUCAGCUAGGUCAAAGUGUUCAGCUGACGUUUCAGUUGAAGAAAACAUCACCAGACCUAAGUCACAUGCUUCCACAGUAUCUAUAAAAUCAAAUGCAUCUAAAAUUCCUCCUGAUUCUAAUUCUCCUGACGGGAGCAAGGAUGAGGAAGACAGACCAGAGAGUGCAUUGUCUGUAAAGACCGUCAAGUCACAUAUUUCUGCCAGAUCCAAAAAGUCAGAAUGUUCUGAUGUUCCAGCUGAUGAAAGGUGUGAGAGCCCAUGUGAAGAAAAUGAUGAAGAGCAAACUGAGGAAAGAGCAGCAAGCUGCAUUUCACUCAGAUCAGUUCAUUCUCAUGUUUCUGAAAGAUCUGUUAAGUCACAGGCCUCCAUUGUUACAACUGAUGAUGAAGCUGAACUUGAGGAAACUACAAAGAGAGCCCCUAGUGCCCUGUCAGCUAAAUCAGCAAAAUCGCAUGCUUCGGCAAAAUCUAGAAAAUCAAAUGCUUCUGAAGUUUGUUCUGUUGAAACUACUGGCAUCUCUGAUGAAGGGAAUGAAAAGGAGGAAGCUCAAACGAGACCACAGAGUGCAACAUCAGCCAAAUCCACACAGUCAGCCAUGUCUGUAAAAUCAAGUAAGUCAAAAGUCUGUGAAGUUUCUUCAGAAGAAAACGCAUCAAAUGAUGAGGAAACUGCACAAAGACCACCAAGCACCCUGUCAGCUAGAUCAGCCAGAUCUGCCAAAUCAACACAGUCACAUAUUUCUGCAAAGUCUAGUACGUCAAAAGCCUCUAAUACUCAAAGGGAAGAGACUCAAGAGGAUACGACAGAGCGAGCACCAAGCAGUGCCUCUGUCAAAUCAGCGAAAUCUAGAAUGUCAAAUGCUUCAACCGUAUCAAGGAAAUCAAAAGCUGUUGAAGAUGGCGCUAACAUUGCUGAUGAAAACACUGAAGAAGACACAGAGGAGAGAGCAAUGAGCUCAGUGUCUGCCAAAUCAGUGAGGUCAAAUGUAACAUCAAUAUCUACAAAAUCAAAAGCUUCUCACGAUCCUCAAAAUGUAAACAAUGAAGAGGAUGGUGGAAAUGAAGCUGAAGAAAGUGUGGCUGAUUGUGAGGAAACCGAAGAGAGGGCACCAAGCACCAUGUCAAUCCAAUCAUUAAAGUCAGAUCUGUCCCAGAAGUCCAGGAAAUCAAAAGUUUCAGAAAGGACAGCUGAAACACACGGUGAAGAGGCAGAUCAAACUGAGAGGACUCCAAGUGUUUUGUCGGUAAAAACAAAUGUUUCAUCAAGAACCACAAAGUCAAACGUAUCUGAAAUUAGUGAAAGGACUGAUGUAAGAACAAGAAGUGCAAUGUCAACAAAAUCAGCUAAAUCAAAUCAAUCGACAAAAUCAAACAAAUUAAUAGCUUCUGAAAUCCCUACUAUAGAAAGUUCGGAAACUCCUAAUGAAGAAAAUGCUGAAGAGAAAUCGGAGAGAGCUCCAAGUGCCAAGUCAGCAAGGUCAAAAACAUCAGUGAGAUCAAAAAAAUCCAAAGUAUCUGAUGUUCCUGCUGAUGAAAACAAAGAGAGAACACUUAGCCCCGUGUCAGUAAAAUCCAGUCGAUCCAAAAUAUCGGGCAUGUCUGAAAUCCCUGCUCUGACAGUUGAGGAAAGUGAGGACAGAGUACCUUCAGCCAUGUCAUCAAAGUCUAACGUUUCAGCACGUUCAAAUAAGUCAAAGGUAUCUGAGGUUAAAGACAAGAAAAGCGAAGGGCGGCCAAAAAGUUCUUUAUCUGUCAAGUCAAAUCUGUCCGUGAAAUCUCGAAAAUCCAGAGCAACUGAUAUUUCAAUAGGAGAAAUUGUGGAAAAUAACGAGGAGUCUGUUCAUGUUCCUCCUGAUGAGAACACCAGUGUUUCUUCUGUAACUGUAAGGGAAGAUGUGAGUCCUGAAGAUGAGAGUAAACCCAUGACUAGUUUGCAUGAGGAAGAGACACAAGAUGCAGACGAUCAAGAUACAAAACAUGCAAUUCCAGAACCUAUUACUAAAAUUGAGUCCGUUGCAAAAUCUGCUGUGUCAGAAACCUGUCGAAGUGGGAAAAAAGGAGAUAAACAUGGCAUAUGUCACGCGGAUUCAAAUGAAAGUGGUAUGUCACAAACUCUGUCCAGUUCAGAUGUUCCCAAAGAGACGUGUGAGACUCACGCCACUGAAGAAUCAAAAUCUAAUGAAUCUAAGAGGAUGACAAAUGGUCCACUGGAAGCUGCAGACACCGGUCGGAGUGUCAAGGAUAACAAAAGUGACAAAAGCAGCAAGCGCAGACACAAGAACCCAAACGUCGAGCUGGUCCCAUCUAGCCUUCCAAAUGCAUCCCCCACUGAGGUUGUGAGUGAAUGGCUGAAUUCAAUACCAGCAGAGAGUGAUAUGUACAACAUGGAGGAAUUUCAUGAAAACUGUGAGGGACAGAAAACUGGUCACACAAUGGAGGAAAUUAACAGAAUGGAGAAUAAUGAAACACACGACUCUGCAGCUGAGGGUACAAAAGACACAAAUGAAGGAGUUGUAAUGAACAGUGUCCCUAAUGAUGACUGCCAAGCGAGCACAGAGGCCCCAAAUGCAGAUAAUGCCUGUACUCAGAGAGACAAUGCUUCAAAGAUAUUCAACUCGUCAGUACAGGUGAUGAAAGUUCUUUUAAAUCCAAAGCUGGACAGAUGCAACAGUUUACCGGAAAUCUCUCCAGUGUAUGGACGUAAACUAAGCACUUCAGCUCGGGGUCUUCUGGAUUGCCUUGUGAAGUUGCAGUUAAUAGACCAUAAUCCUAAAAAUGCAAAUGAAAAGGAUGAACGAUACCAAGAGCUAAUGAAUAUUCUUCAAUCUCUUUGGCUUUGUGAUCCUCCAAAAAACGAACGCGUGUUAAAGAAGGGUGAUCGCCGUUCUGUGGACGAUGAAUUCAACCAUACAUCGUCCUCUGGUGUGGAUGUCAGCAGUGGCUCUACAGGCUCUGGGAACAGUAGUGAUGGCGUAAAGGGUAAUGUGUCUAAACCACAUACAAGUGCAGAUGCGUUAAGGAGAGUACAAGAAGUCUGUGAGGUUGAAGCAGAAGCUCAAUGGACAUCUGAGAGAGAAGUAGAAGGAAUGUAUGAGGAAAAACAAAAGGAAGAUGAUCCAGCAACAGAUGAAACAAUUGAAGGCGAUAGUCCAACAGAACUACCUGAAACACCACCCUCCUCAAACGUGAGUUCAGGAAAUGGCAGUAAAAUUACGUCUCAGGAUCCUGAUCCUGUUUGGGUCUUAUCCCUAUUAACUAAAAUAGAAAAGCAGUUCAUGACACAUUACAUCAACGCAAUGAGUGAGUUCAAAGUCCGGUGGAACCUGGAUAAUAACGAGCAGCUUGACAUGAUGAUAAACGAACUGAAAAGUGAGGUCCAAAAACGAAUCCAAAGAAGUAUAAACCGGGAACUGAGGAAAAUUCAGGCUCAAGCAGGCCUACCAAGACCUCCCAAAGACGCAAUGUCCCGUGCUUCAACCACACAAACAGAUGAGAGAAGACGGAGGCUGAAGAUUAUGCUCAAACAAUCAGUUGAUCCCCAAGCAGAAAAAAGUGACGAUUCAGCAACAGGCACGUCUUACAGUGACCAGCGGAGUGAAAACGAUGAUGAAUACUGUCCAUGUGAAACGUGCGUUAAGAAGAAAAUGACGUCAAGGCGGCCACUUCCUGCAGAAGUUAUGAAUAUUGCACCCGUUGCUGUAGAAUUUGACCUGAAGAGGAUUCUGGUGAUGAAGAAUGGUGGUCCUGGCAAUACACAGGCAGUCAACUGUGCUCACGCUGAAAAUGAUACUGAAACAAGAGCAGCAGUAACACUUGUAGAAGCAGUUAUUGUCAAAGCUGUAACUGAAGUGGAAAGGGAUGAAGUAUGUCAUCAUACUGAGGAUGUGUGUCAAGAUGCAGGUCAAGAAGAUGAGCCUGAAAACAAAGAUACAGAAGAUGCCAUCCAAGAAUUGACUGAACAGACUGUUGCUGAGGAAACAGUGAAGGCCUUGUCUAUAGAUAAUACUGAGGCAACAAGCAGAACAGAAGAUGAAAUGGCAGAAAAUGAGAGUGGAGACAUAGGCACGGUAGAGGAUGAAUCCAUGAUAGAGGACGCAGGCACAGCUGAACUGAAGAAGGCAGAUGACAAUGAUGAGGAAUUGUCAGAGGAACCUGCAGAAGGAGCAGAGGUUGAUGUAGAAAGUCAGACUGCUGUGGAUGAGUCCAAAGAAGAGACUGCUGAAGCCACCACUGCUGAAGAUGAAAACGCACAAGAAGAGGAUGACGAGGCAGUCACAACUAAAGAUGAAAAUGACAAAGACGAGGCUGUGGAAGCAGAGAUGGUUGAUAAUGAUGAAGAGAUUCCUGCCGUGAGUGCAGAUGAGUCUGCAGAUGAGAAUGAUGGUACAGUCACAGCUGAAGAUGAGAUUGCUGCAGACAAAGAGACUGCUGUCACAAGUGAAGAUGAACUUGAGGAAGAGGCUUCUGAAGCUCCCACAGCCGAAGAUGAAAAUGCAGCAGUAGAAUCCACUGUGGCAGCUACAAGUGAACAUGAAUCUGACAAAGAUGAGGCUGUGGAAGAAGGGACAGUCGAUGAUGAAGAGGAGAUUGCUGCCACAAGUGCAGAUGAGAACGAUGACACAGCCACAGCUGAUGAAUUAGCAAAAGAAGCUGCUGAAGAAGCAAGUGAAGAUGAGAUGGCUGUAGAAAAAGAGACAGGCGAAGACGAGUCAAAGGAUGAGACUGCCGAAGAUGAAAUUACAGCAGACGAGGCCGCUGUGGCUGCAGCAACUGAGCAAGAAUCAGACAAAGAUGAGGCAGUGGAAGAAGGGACAGCUGAUGAUGAAGAGAUCGCUGCCACCAGUGAUGAUGACCUGGAGGAAGAGGCUGCUAAAGCCACCGCAGCUGAAGAUGGAAAUGCAGCAGAAAAGGCUGACGUGACAUCCGCAGGUGAACAUGACGAGGCUGUGGAGGAGGAGACAGUUGAUGAAGAAGAGGAGAUUGCUGCCACGAGUGCAGAUGAGAACGAUGACAUAGCUACAUCUGGUGAGUCGUCAAAAGAACCAGCUGAAGAAGCAGAAACCGAAGAUGAUAUGGCUGUAGACAAGGAGUCUGCUGUCACAGAUGACGAUGAAUCAAAGGACGAGACUGCUGAAGACGAAACUCCAGCAGAGGAGACUGCCGUAGCAGAGUUAACCGACCAUGAAUCAGACAAAGAUGAAGCAGUGGAAGAAGGGACAGCUGAUGAUGAAGAAAUUGCUGCCACUAGUGAAGAUGAACUAAAGGAAGAGGCCGCUAAAGCCACCGCAGCCGAAGAAGAGGCUGAUGCGACUUCCACAGGUGGACAUGAAUCCGACAAAGACGUGGCUGUGGAAGAAGAGAUGGUUCAUGAUGAAGAGGAGAUUGCUACCACAAGUGCAAAUGAUUCUGCAGAUGAGAACGAUGAUGAAUCGUCAAAAGAACCAGCCGAAGAAGGAACUGAAGAUGAGCUGGCUGUAGAAAAGCAGAUCACAACUGCAGAUGAAUCAAAGGAAGAGGAUGCUGAAGAUGACGUUGAAGCUGAAGAGACUGCUGUGGCAGCAACAACUGAAAAUGAAUCUGAUGACGAAGAAGCUGUGGAAGAAGACAUUCCAGCCACCACUGCUGACGAGUCUGCAGAUGAGAACGAUGACACAGCCACAGCUGAAAAAAAAGAAAGUGACGAUGAGGUUGCUGUAGAAAAGGAGACUGCUGUCACAACUGAAGAUGAAUCGAAUGAAGAUGCUGCUGAAGCCACCACAGCUGAAGAUGAAAACGUGGCAGACACAACAGAACAUGAAUCUGAACAGGAAGAGGCUGUGGUAGCAUCGGCAGCUGAAGACGUGGAAGAGACGGCUGCCACCAGCGAUGAUGAUUCUGCAGAGAGUUUGGAUGGCACCACAAAUGAAGAUGAGGCCGCAGAGGAGAAUGAACCAGCUGUGGAGGCAACAACUGAAGAUGAGCUUGUUGUGGAAAAGGAGAUUGCCGGUACAAGUAUGGACGAACUUAAGGAAGAGGCUGCUGAAGCCACGGCUGCUGAAGAUGAAAAUGUGGCAGACACAACUGAACAUGAAUCUGAACAUGAAGAGGCUGUAGAGGAAGGGACAGCCGACGAUGACGAGGAGAUUCCUGCCACGAGUGCGGAUGAGUCUGCAGAUGAGAACGACGACACAACCACAGCUGAUGAAUCGUCAAAAGAACCAGUUGAACAGGCAACAACUGAAGAUGAGAUGGCUGUUGAAAUAAAGGCUGAUGUCACAGGCGAAGACGAAUCAAAUGAAGAUGAAACUGCAGCAGAAGACACUGCUGUGGCAGCCACAACUGAAAAUGACUCCGACAAAGAUGAAGAAGAGACUGCUGCCACCAGUGAUGACGAUUCAGCAGAAGAUGCCACCACAAAUGAAGAUGAGACUGCAGAGGAGAGUCAUGUCACAGGUGAUGAACUGUCAAUGAAACCAGCUGAAGCAGCAACAGCCGAAGAGGAUGCGACAGAAAAAGAGGCGAGUGUGGCAAGUGAAGACGAAUCAAAGGAACAGACUGCUGAUGAUGAAACCGAAGCAGAGGACACUGCUGUGGAAGAAGAGUCAAAGGAAGAGCCUGCAGAAGCCACCAAAGUUGAAGAAAAUACUGCAGAAGAGUCUGAUGAGGCAGCCACAGCUGAGGGUGAAUCUGGAGAGGAUGAGAAUGCCGCGAACGAUGAAGAUGAAACUGCGGACAAUGAUAAUGCAACAACGGCCGAAGAUGAAAGUGCUGUUGAAAAAGAACAUGAAGCUAAAGAUAACAGUGUUGACGAACAGGCAGAUGUUGAAGCUACAUCUGAACAUGAAUCGGACGAAGAUGCAGCUGUGGAAGCCACCAGUGCAGAUGAGUCCGAGUCAGAUGAGAGGGAAAAAGCUGGCAAAGCAAUAAGUGAAGAUGAAGCUGCUGAAGAAAAAGAGAUUGCUGCCACAAGUGAAGAUGAAAAGGAGGAAGAAGCUGGUGAAGAGGAAAACACUGCAGAAGAUGUGGCAGCUACAAGUGAACAUGAAUCUGACAAAGAUGCGGCUGUGGACGCCACCAGUGCAGAUGAGUCCGAGUCAGAUGAGAAGGAGACAACUGACAAAGCAACAAGUGAAGAUCAGGAAAAAGAGAUUGCUGCCACAAGUGAAGAUGAAAUGAAGGAAGAAGCUGGUGAAGAGGAACAUGAAUCUGACAAAGAGGAAGCUGUGGAGGAAACUGCUGCUAGCACUGAAGAUGAUUCUGCAGAAGACAUGGAUGCCACCACAAAUGAUGAAGCUACAGAGGAAAACGACAACACAACCAAAGCUGACGAACUGUCAGAAGAACCCGCGGAAGCAGCAACAACUGAUGAUGAGGUUGCUGUGGAAAAAGAGGCUGCUACCACAGAUAAGGAUGACGCCAAGGAGGAGACUGUCGAGGGAGCUACAGCCACAGAAAAAGAAAAUUCAGAUGAAGAGGAAAUCAGUAAAGCUGAUGAUGAAUCAAAGGAGGAGGUGGAGGAAACCACAAAUGAAGAACUUGAGGAAACGGAUGUUAAUGAGGAAGCUGAUCCCGAAUCAGCAGGAGAUGAAAGCUCCAAAGCUGCGACUGAAAAUGAAUCAGAGGAAGAGGGCGAUGAAUCGGCCACAGAUGGAAGUGAAACAGUAACCAACGCGACAACAGAUGCAAAUGAGACUGCAGCAGAGGAGGAUUCUUCAAAAGUUGCAAAUGAUAAUGAAUCAGGAGAAGAGUGUGUAGAAACAAAGCCUGAGACUGAAAAUGAAAGUGCAGGGGAAGAUGAAAAUGCAGAUGAGGAUAAAGUGGAUGAAAAUAAGACUUCAAGUGAGGCAGAGGAUGUUGAUGUAGCAUCUGCCGAAGAGCUUCACGGCACAGAAUCAUCUGAGAAAAUUGCAGAAAGCAGUGCCGUCGAAGAUGUUGUAAAAGAGGAAGAAAAAGAUGAAGGAGAUGAUAAUGGAUCUCACAAUGAAGAACAAGAAGAAGGUGAAACAACUGGUGAGGAAGAGGCUGAAAAUGAUGGAGACGAAUCUGCUGAAAAUGAAAGUACUAAGGAGUGUGGAGCAACAGGUGAAGACUGCACAGAAGCUGCAACAACAGGAAAUGAAAGUGAAGAACAUGAAACGAAUGACGAAUCUGAAAAGCCUGAAAGUGACGGUGGAGAGGAGUCUGGAACAGAAGGUGCAUCUACAGGAGAAGCCCAAACAGGAAAGGAAGAAUCCAUCGAUAACUCAGAAGAUGAAUCUGCAGAUAACAAACUGUCAGCUGUAGAAGAAGAAAAUGACAUGACAGAUGAUCGAGAAGAUGCUAUCACCGAAACAGAUGAUGAAACAGAAGGGGCAGAUGACGUGGUGGAGCUGAAGCCAGAUAAGGAAGACGAAGUGGAGGACAUCUCGGAAAACAAAGCAGUGGAAGAUGAAGAUAACGAUGAACAGCAAAUAAGUGUAACACAAUGUGAACGCAUCAACAUCACAAAUGGAAGCCACGAUAAUGACGAAGAUGUCGAAGCCUCCGAAAAAGAAGAAGAGGAGGAAACUUCAAAGACAACCAAUGAAGACUGGGGAGAACACCACGGAGAUUCGGCUGAUGGAGAAGACGAAGCAGAGGAAGAUUCAGACGAAGCAGAUGACGGAGAGCAAGAUUUUACUCCGAGCAAGACGGAGAAUCGAGAGGUGCCGAAAAAAGCAGCUGAGAAAACGACACCAAUCACACUUGAUGCUCUGAGCAAAGUGAAGGCAGAAUCUGAGGAUGGCACUUACGCGGAUGUUGAAGAUUCUGAGACUGACGUAAACACCCAAGAAGAAGUUUCAAGCCUCGAAUCAAAGACUUCGAAGAUGAUUUCGUCAUAAGAUGACUGUGACUCUGCAAAGACUAAAAGGAGGAGAAGACAACAGCUACAAGUAAUGAGCAGUCUGAAGUCAUUCUUGUUUUAGUCAUACCCUCGGGUCUUCCAGAAGAGACCAAACAAGAACUUUAAAGCAAAGAAAAGCAGAAUGAUUGAUCUAGAUGAUUAGAUCUUAUUAUAUAUUCGCUAAAGAAACACAAGCACUUUGAAGCAGCAUCUCUGCUGCUGGGACUGAACUCAUGCACAGCUACUGAUCAUGCACUUGCAUGUAAAAGGAAUCAUAAAACUUGAAUGUAUAUAUAUAUUUAUAAAUACAUACUGUAUGUAGGAGGUUUGCACAGUUUUAAUGCAAAACUAAAUGGGAUUUAUUUUCAUUAUAGUGUUUGUUACAUGCUAACUACUGGAACCCCGAGCCUCAGACAGACACUCGGCACCAGUGGCAAAAUAAGCUUUAUGGACUGUUACAUUUAUGAUUUAAAGAAUGUCAUACAUGCACAUGUACUGUAGUGUUUCUUCAAAUUACUGCAGUGUACUUACACUACUUUCCUUGCAGGAUUAAGCAAGUCUCUGACUGUAUUUAAACUUAUCCAAAGUAUUCUUUGAGGAUUUUUG